AUGAUCGACACCGGAGCGACCAACACACUUAUAACACAACAAGCUCUUCCUUCAACCCGCCAUAAGAAAUAUCUUAGUAAUUAUUCGUGGAAAUUAUAUCAAGCAGAUGGGCAAACACCACUUGAAGUUCUCGGAGUCGUCCCGCUUCAAAUUAAAAUUAACUCAACAACUACAGACAUAUCUGCUUAUGUUGUAAAACGUCUUUGUGCUCCUUGUCUUCUUGGUCAAGACUACAUUAACAAAUAUCAAAUGAAAAUUGAUGCAGGAUCACAAACAAUUACCAUCAUUCAAAAUAAAAUAACAACUACAACCAACAUUAUCAAACAUCAGUGUCCAUUUCAUCUGAUAAAUUCAACUGCAGAAACUUCUAUAGAUAAUCUUCUCCACCAUCGUAAAGACGACGUUCAAAGAUCUACAUUAAAACAAACAUUUCUUCCAUAUGCUAAGAUAUUUGAUAUCUCGAAACCAACUAUUGCGAACACUAUGAUUAAACAUGCAAUCAACACAAUAGAGCACCCACCACCUUGCUCGAAAUCUUAUCAAUUUUCAUAUGAAAAAAGAGAUGCUUUGUAUAACAUCGUCAGAUCGUUAAUCGAAUCUGGUCAUGUGAGAGAAUCUAAUUCAUCGUAUGCUUCUCCCGCAAUUUUGGUAGAAAAGAAAGAUAAAAGUUGGAGAUUAGUCAUCGAUUAUAAGAAACUUAAUGCCAUCACAAUCAAAGACGAGUUUCCCCUUCCGAACAUGGAGGACACUCUACAGGAAGUGGGAAACGGAUUUGCAUUCUUUUCAAAACUGGAUUUAAAAUCCGGCUUUUGGCAAUUACCGAUUGACCCAAAAGAUCGUCACAAAACGGCAUUUAAAACUCCAUUUGGCCUUUUUGAAUGGAAUGUUCUUCCACAAGGACUCAAGAACUCGCCUCCAACAUUUCAAAGAGUAAUGACAAAAUUACUUGAACCCUGUAGAAAGAACUGUUUAGUUUAUAUUGAUGAUCUAAUAAUCUUUUCCAAAACAUUUGAAGAACAUGUUCAACACCUUAAUCAAGUUCUUUCAUUACUUCAUCAAUCAAAUUUUCAAUUAAACCCUGCCAAAUGCCAGAUUGCCAGAAAUGAAAUAAAUUAUUUAGGCCACCAUAUUAACCAAUCAGGAAUAUCUCCACUUCCUGAAAAAAUCUCAUCAAUCGUUCAAUUAAAAGCAAAUAAAUUUGUUGGCGCUUUAUCAUGGUAUAGAAAGUUCAUACCACAAUUUGCAACGACAGCAGCUCCAAUUCACGCCGUUACGAAUCUACCAAAAAAUCUGAGAUACAAAUUCAAAUGGGAACCAGAACAAUCCACUUCUUUUCAUGAACUCAAAAAACUACUCACCGAAGCACCUCUAUUUUUAAAUUUUUCCGUAGAUAAACAUCCUAUAAUUUUAACAACGGAUGCAUCUUUAAUUGGAAUCACCGGAAUUCUACAACAAGAAAUACAUGAGGAAAUGCAUAAUUUGUAUUAUCACAGUCAGCUCAUUAAUUCAACACAAAGAAGAUAUGACACUGGUGCAAAAGAAGCUCUUGCAAUUGUUUUAUCAAUUAAACGAAUGAGACAAUAUUUACUUGGACGCGAUAUCAUUAUAUACACUGAUUAUUAUCCACUUUGCGGAAUGCAAAAUAAAACUCUCCGUAAUACGUUGGCCAACAGAAUCUCAAUUUUAUUGCAAGAGUAUAACAUUAUUCAAAUUAUUCCAUAUUCAAGGAAAGAAAAAUUGUCUACCGGACUAUUGCAAACAAGAAGAGCUCAACAAGAGCAAACUACUGAAACAUCUCCAAAUGAUUCCACUUCUGAUCAAGAUUCAAUCGAUUUAAACUCUAAUCAAAAAUUCAAUUGUAAUAAAUUUGAUAUCAGACAGCUGAAAAUCGAACAGGAUAAAGAGUCUACCAUUAAAUUAAAAAUAGAUCAAUUGAAGAAAGAUCCCAAUAAAAUCGAUUUUGUCCUCAAAGAUGAUAUUUUGUAUAAGCUCGUUCAGCCUAAAUAUUCUAUAUGUAAAAAACCUGUUCCGUAUAUACCACCAUCAAUGAUUGCGCUUUUACUUGAAGCUUCCCAUAAUGAUCCGCUUUCUGGUCAUUUUGCUACUCAUGGUACACUAGCAAAAUUAAAACAUCAAUUCUGGUGGCCAGAUAUCAAAUCUUCUGUUGAGAAAUAUAUUAAAUCUUGUUCUAAAUGUCAACAAUUUAACAUAUCUAAAAAAAAAAAGCCAGGUUAUUUGAAAACAAUAUCAUCACCAGACGGCCCAUUCCAGAUCACUGCAAUUGAUUACGUAGGACCGUUAAAUCGUUCUCCUUCUGAAAAUCGUUAUGUUCUUGCCAUCACGGAUUUAUUUACCAGAUGGAUCACCGCCGUAGCUCUUCCGAGCAGCACGACUGCAGUGACUGCAGAAGCAAUUUUCAAACAUUAUAUUUGCCAUUAUGGAGUUCCUGUCACUAUUUUAUCUGACCAUGGUUCACAUUUUCGUAAUCAACUACUUCAAGCUUUAGAGCGCAAAAUUGGCAUUCAUCAUAUAUUUUCCUCGCCAUAUCAUCCACAAUCUAAUGGAAUGAUAGAGAGAUUUAAUGCCAUCUUUAUUCCACAAAUAGCUAAAUUACAAGACUCGGAAUACAACAACUGGGAUGAGUUUUUGGAUCCGGUGGUAUUCGCCUAUAACACUGGCGUUCAUUCGUCCACCAAGUUCUCACCAUAUGAGCUA